AUGGGACAGGAGAGCGAUUCCUCCCACGAGGAGCAACCCCCUCCGCUCCCGCCUCGGCCGGCCGCGAGCACCGCGAACAGUUCAGUCGACCCGAAAGCACUGCAGGCUCAGACGACGACUGCCAUCACUCCACUAGACAUCCAGACAUUGUCCUUUCCCGACGGAAGCCGGGGAACAUUCUCUACGCCAACCACUCGGUCAGCGUCAACCCCGACGGAUAGCGGUUACACGACUCCCAAUCGCCGGGCGAGCAACUCGGGCAUCGAGGGAGAUGAUGCCGCCAGCAUCAUGAGCUUUGCGCCAACGAUGCGCCCAGCUGGAGACAUUGCGAGCUUGCUGACUUCUUCCCUGAGCAAGAAGAGCGCCGCCUGGAACCUGCUCAAGUCGCAGGCUGCAAAUGUCCAGCCGUUUGAGAGGCAUCAACGAGGCGCACAAGAUCGAUUGGCUGAUUUUGAAAGGGAGUUUGCCGCGCUUCCCGACGAGUCAAACGAGUUCUUCAAAGACGACGAGAGGCUGGCCAUUUGGCGGUCGAAACUGAAACAGUACAUGAUCCUAUCGUCCGCUGGCAAACCCAUUUGGAGCCGACAUGGAGAUCUCAACCUCAUCAACUCCUCGAUCGGAGUCGUACAAACCAUCAUCUCCUUCUAUGAGGGGUCCAAGAACCCCCUUCAGGGCUUCACGGCCGGCAACACCCGAUUCGUGGUAUUGACCCAGGGACCACUCUACUUUGUGGCCAUCAGCAAGCUGGGAGAGAGCGAUUCGCAGCUACGAGUACAACUGGAAGCUUUAUACAUGCAGAUUUUGUCAACGUUGACCCUACCUUCCCUAACCAACAUAUUCGCGAAUCGACCGUCCACCGAUUUGCGCAAGCCUUUACAAGGGACCGAGGCUUUGCUUUCAUCACUAGCGGACAGCUUCACGAAAGGUUCUCCUUCGGCAUUGCUAAGCUCGCUAGAAUGUCUAAAACUGCGAAAGUCUCAGCGGCACACGAUCAACAAUACGUUUCUAAAGUCAAGAGCCGACAAACUGCUCUACGGGCUCAUCGUAGCAGGGGGCAAGCUUGUCAGCGUUAUUCGGCCACGGCGCCAUUCCCUCCACCCUAGCGACCUCCAGCUCAUCUUCAACAUGCUGUUCGAGUCGGAGGGCAUCAAGGCCGGAGGCGGUGAAAAUUGGAUCCCGUUGUGUCUCCCGGCCUUCAACAACAAAGGCUACCUGUACAUGUACGUCAGCUUCUUUGAAGGGGUGUCGGGCGAGCAAGCGACGGCACCGGCCGCGGCGGUGGGGCAGCCGGUCGAUGAGGAGAUUGCCAUGAUCCUCAUCAGCGCGGACAGAGAAGCCUUUUUCAGCCUCAAACAGAUGCGAGACGACGUUGCGCAACAGCUGGCGAAGAAUGGCAGUCUCGCUAUCAUCAGAGACGCCGCUCGCGCCGGCCGCCCUACCAUGGGACAAAUCGCGCCGGGAAGCCCAAUAUGCCAUUUCUUGUUUAAGUCGCGAGCGAAUGUGCAGUUUUGCAUGUCGGCACUGGAACCUACCUUUGGACAUUUAGUAAAGAGAAGACGGCUCAUGACGGCGUAUCACGAGCUGCACGCCUCAACCCACGCAAAGAUUUCGCACCUUAAGAUUUUGCAAUGCGUGAGCGACGACGCAACAUCGCUGGCUUGGCUCACGCCAACUUUUGAGCUCUAUUGCAUUGGCGGACCGAACCUAUCACGGGCAGCAAUGGCGCAGGGUGCCAAUAAGAUUAUGCAAUGGAUCAAGAGAGAGGAGCAACGGUUGUUCAUCAUUGGUGGCGGUGUAUUUUGA